AUGCAGCACUGCCUCACUCUGACCCUUGCCCGGCACAGCAGGCUCAUCUUGAGAAACCAACUUCGUUCUGUCCAUAAGUCAGCAGCCAUGUCAGGUCUCCUCAUCAACAAUCCAGAAUACUCCUGGCUGAGAGAGCUCGGCCUGUCUGAAGACAAUCCUGGCGUUUACAACGGCAGCUGGGGAGGCAGCGGGGAGGUCGUCACAUCACGCUGUCCUGCCAACCAUGAGCCGAUAGCCAGAGUAACCCAGGCUACUCUGGCGGAGUAUGAAGAAACAGUGCAGAAGACCAAGGAGGCUUGGAAGAUGUGGGCAGAUGUUCCCGCUCCCAGAAGAGGGGAGAUUGUGAGGCAGAUUGGAGAUGCUCUCAGAAAGAAGAACAAAGUCCUCGGUAGCCUGGUGUCUCUAGAAAUGGGCAAGAUCUACGUUGAGGGCGUUGGAGAAGUUCAGGAAUACAUUGAUGUCUGUGAUUACGCCGUUGGUCUGUCCAGAAUGAUUGGUGGGCCGAUCCUGCCUUCAGAAAGGCCUGGCCAUGCCCUUAUCGAGCAGUGGAACCCAGUUGGUCUUGUGGGCAUCAUUACUGCCUUUAACUUUCCUGUGGCUGUCUAUGGCUGGAACAAUGCCAUCGCCUUGACCUGCGGCAAUGUCUGCCUGUGGAAAGGAGCUCCAACUACACCCCUCACAAGUGUUGCAGUUACCAAGAUUGUAGCCGAGGUGCUGGAGCUGAACAACCUGCCUGGCGCCAUCUGCUCCAUGACCUGUGGAGGUGCUGAUAUCGGCACAGCCAUGGCGAAGGAUGAGCGCGUUGAUCUGCUGUCGUUUACUGGCAGCACCCAUGUCGGCCAAAUGGUGGCCAUGAUGGUUCAGGAAAGGUUCGGCCGUAAGCUCCUGGAACUCGGUGGAAACAACGCUAUUAUCGUGUUCGAGGAUGCCGACCUGAAUCUUGUGGUUCCUGCAUCUGUCUUUGCAGCUGUGGGGACAGCCGGCCAACGCUGCACCACAACAAGAAGGCUGAUGCUGCACGAGAGCGUUCAUGACACAGUGGUUGAGAGGAUCGCCAAGGCCUACAAACAAGUCCGCAUCGGAGACCCCUGGGAUCCAAGCACCAUGUAUGGACCUCUGCACACCAAACAAGCCGUUGAGCAGUAUCUGGCAGCCAUCGAGCAGGCCAAGCAGCAAGGUGGCACUGUAGUCUGCGGAGGGAAGGUGAUCGACCGCCCUGGAAACUAUGUGGAGCCAACCAUCAUCACAGGGCUGGCUCAUGAUGCUAAAAUCGUCCAUACUGAAACCUUCGUCCCCAUUCUCUAUGUCCUCAAGUUCAAGACAGAAGAGGAGGCGUUUGACUGGAACAACGAGGUCAAGCAGGGCUUGUCCAGCAGCAUCUUCACCAAAGAUCUGGGUCGCAUUUUCCGCUGGCUUGGGCCAAAGGGUUCAGACUGCGGCAUAGUGAAUGUCAACAUUCCCACAAGCGGAGCUGAGAUUGGAGGAGCCUUUGGUGGUGAGAAACACACAGGAGGUGGAAGAGAGUCUGGUAGUGACUCAUGGAAGCAGUACAUGAGGCGCUCCACCUGCACGAUCAAUUACAGCAAGGAUCUUCCUCUGGCCCAGGGAAUCAAGUUUGAAUAAAGCCAUCAGGUGGUUUGUUUUUUAGGGAUGUGAUGAGCCCAAAUGAAAAAACCUAAUAUUUAAGUGUCAAAGUGCGACUUAGCAAAUACUAGAUAUUUGUCAUUGCAUUUUUGCACUUAAAAAGAUCAGUUUGAAUUCAGACAAAAAUCAGAAUAUGUUUUCUCUGUUGAUUAUUCCUAUAUGAAAUAUUUUUUGCGAUAGUUGCAUUGGUUGUUAAUCCUGGUUUUGAAAUAACAUUUUGAAAAUAGUUUGUUGUAAAGGUCAAAUACCCUUUCCUGUAAUGGCUGCCAGCACUUUUCAACAAGCACUUAGAAAGGAGGUUUGAGUCCUAGCUGACUGUACCAGAUACUUUAUACUGUAUAAAAAAUCAAUCUGACCCUUUAUUUUGGAAGAACAACUGGAGUGUAGUGGUUUUUCUAAAUGUAAAGAUACAAUCAAUCACUGUAGUGUAAAUAGCAUUCAUCACAAUCUCGUCAUCAAGUUUUCAAAAAAUCCUUAAAAUAGCAGUUCAACAUAAAAUGGUAAAGGUAUUGAGUCACUGCUUGUUUGUUUCUACAUUAGAGCAUUAAUAUACUGUACUUUGAAUAAAGACCAUCCUUUAGGAAAGGGUCACACUGCUUUUCUUAUGUGACAAAAAAUAAUAAAGCAAUCCUUGUUGAUAUGAA